AACUCUCGCGAGAACAGUGUCUUCAGGUUGGGAUCUGCUGCUGCUGCUGUCACUUUCCGUCAUGGCGCUCAAGGUGGCCACUGCCAUCAGCGGCGCUGCAAAGGCAGUGCUCAGGCCAUCCCUGUUCUGCCGUCCUUGGGAGCAGGUGCUGUGUGCCCAGGAGGCUCCCCGGAGGAGCAUCUCCUCACAACAAACAAUUCCUCCGUCAGCUAAGUAUGGUGGGCGGCACACAGUGACUAUGAUCCCAGGGGAUGGCAUUGGACCAGAGCUCAUGCUGCAUGUUAAGUCUGUGUUCAGGCAUGCGUGUGUGCCUGUGGACUUUGAAGAAGUGCAUGUGAGCUCCAAUGCUGACGAAGAGGACAUCCGCAACGCCAUCAUGGCCAUCCGCCGCAACCGUGUGGCCUUGAAGGGCAACAUCGAAACCAACCAUAACUUGCCACCUUCCCACAAAUCCCGAAACAACAUCCUUCGCACCAGCCUGGACCUCUAUGCCAAUGUCAUCCACUGUAAGAGCCUGCCGGGAGUGGUGACCCGCCACAAGGACAUAGACAUCCUCAUCGUGCGGGAGAACACAGAGGGCGAAUACAGCAGCCUGGAGCAUGAGAGUGUGACGGGAGUGGUGGAGAGCCUGAAGAUCAUCACCAAGGCCAAGUCCCUGCGCAUCGCUGAGUAUGCCUUCAAGCUGGCCCAUGAGAGUGGGCGUAAGAAAGUGACGGCUGUGCACAAGGCCAAUAUCAUGAAACUAGGUGACGGGCUCUUUCUCCAGUGCUGCAGGGAGGUGGCGGCUCACUACCCCCAGAUCACCUUCGAGAACAUGAUUGUGGACAACACCACCAUGCAGCUGGUAUCGCGGCCCCAGCAAUUUGAUGUCAUGGUGAUGCCCAAUCUCUACGGCAACAUUGUUAACAACGUCUGUGCGGGGCUGGUCGGGGGCCCAGGCCUUGUGGCUGGGGCCAACUAUGGCCACGUGUAUGCAGUGUUUGAGACAGCUACAAGGAACACUGGCAAGAGUAUUGCCAACAAGAACAUUGCUAACCCCACAGCCACACUGCUAGCAAGUUGCAUGAUGCUGGACCACCUCAAGCUUCACUCCUAUGCCACUUCCAUCCGCAAAGCUGUCUUGGCGUCCAUGGACAACGAAAACAUGCACACUCCGGAUAUUGGGGGCCAGGGCACUACGUCCGAAGCCAUCCAGGACAUCAUCCGCCACAUCCACAUCAUCAAUGGCCGGGCUGUGGAGGCCUAGUCUCUCCCCGGGGCCCCCUCAGCUGUCCCCUAGAAUCCCUGUCACUCCAGCAUCCCAGCCUGCUUGGUGGGUAGACCCCAGAAUAAACAGCUUCUACACUAGA